AUGGUAUUGAUAAUGUUGACCUUAGUCCUCCUGCCUCAGGUGUUUUCCAAGAUACAUAUUGCUAACUGCAACACCACUGGUGACAGUCUUUCUAUUCUUCACCAGUAUUAUCACCUGGGAGAGCACAUUAUUGCUGCCAUAUUUUCUCAGAUCUACACGUGGUUCAGCCCAAUAACCUUUGAAAAACGUCCUUCUAAUGAUAACUUUGAUGACCUUAUCUACUUCAGUGCAAGCAGGACCUAUCAAUCCUCCAUGGAAAUUGUCUCCACACGGCACAGAUUCAUCCCUAACUACAAGUGCAACACCCAACAAGAUCUAGUAGCAGUUAUUGGAGGACCUCAAUCUGAUACUUGUGUCCACAUGGCCACCAUCCUAUCUGCCUACAAGGUCCCACAGCUGACUUAUGGCUGUGUUCCAAUGAUGAUUAACAGAGCCCAAGGAGUAUUCUCCUACCAGACCUUUCCAAAUGAAGCUCUUCAGCAUGUUGGGAUUCUCCAGUUGUUGAUGUAUUUCAGGUGGACUUGGAUUGGAGUGAUAUCUCAAAAUGAGAUUAAUGAAUAUGCAGAGAGGUUUGUUCAGAAUGCACUUCCCAUGUUUUCCCAAAGUGGCAUCUGUAUUGACUUCAUAGAACGAACCCCCAUAUUGUCAUUUUCCACACAGAUCCCUGAAACGGAAGACAGUAUUGUUAAAAUAGGCAGCAUUAUCAUGAGAAGCUCAGCAAAUGUCGUGCUCGUAUAUGGUGAAAUUGAUACCAUGAUUGUUUUGAGAAUAUUGCUUGAUAUUUCAGAGUUUGAGGACCUAUCAAUGAAGACAAAAGGUAAAGUCUGGAUUCUGACAGCCCAGAUGGCUUUCACUUCACUCCCCUUCCAAAGAAAUUCGGACAUACAUUUCCUCCAUGGUGCUCUAUCCUUUGCAAGUCACUCCAAGGAACUCUUUGGAUUCCAAAAGUUCCUUCAGAUGAGGAACCCAACCUCAGAAAAAGAAGAUGGCUUUAUCAUGGAUUUCUGGCAACAGGCGUUUAACUGCUUAUUUCGCAAGACUAUGGCAGACGACACAAAUGAGAAGAUCUGCACAGGGGAGGAGAAACUGGAACGUGUUCCUGGAUCGGUUUUUGAAAUGAGCAUGACAGGCCACAGCUACAGCAUCUACAAUGCUGUCUAUGCUGUGGUGCAUGCUUUGGAUGCCAUGCGUUUAUCCCAUUUGAAACAUGAGUCGAGGGUACUUCUGAAUCAACUGUGGCAGCUCCACCACUUUCUGAGAAGCAUCUCUUUUAACAACAGUGCUGGGGAAAAGAUCUCUUUUGAUCAGAAUGGGGAAUUAAUAGCUGGAUAUGAUAUUAUCAAUUGGAUUACAUUCCCAAACCAGUCCUUUCUGCAAGUCAAAGUUGGGAACGUAAUCCCCAAAACACCCACAGGAAAAGGGUUCACCAUCCAUGAAGAUGCCAUUGUAUGGCCUCAGACCUUUAAAGAGACACCACCACUUUCCAUAUGUAAUGACAGGUGCAGUCCUGGUUAUGGCAGGAGAGAGAAAGAAGGAGAGCCAUUUUGCUGCUAUGAUUGUCUUCCGUGCCCUGUUGGGAAGAUUUCCAACCACAAGGAUACAGAUGACUGUUUUCAGUGUCCAGAAGAUCACUAUCCAAACAAAGAGCAAAACUUAUGCCUUCCCAAAGUUAUAAGCUUCCUGUCUUACAAAGAACCUUUGGGGACCAGUCUGUCCAUUUUUGCCCUUUCCCUUUCUUUCGUCACAUCUUUGAUUCUUGGGAUCUUCAUCAGGAACCGGAACACUCCCAUAGUCAAAGCCAACAACCGGAAACUCACUUACACAAUCCUAAUCUCUCUUCUGCUCUCCUUCCUUUGUUCUUUGCUAUUCAUUGGCCAGCCUCACAAGGUGACAUGUCUCCUUCGACAACCUGCUUUUGGCAUGAUCUUUUCAGUAGCAAUUUCCUGUGUGUUGGCCAAAACCAUCACUGUGAUUCUAGCUUUCAAGGCCACCGCACUGGGGUCAAGGAUGAGGAAGUGGAUGGGAGAAGGUUUGGCAGCCUCCAUUGUUGUUUUAUGCUCUGUUGUUCAAGCCACUAUUUGCAAUGUGUGGCUACUAACAUUUCCCCCAUUCCCAGAUUUUGACACAUAUUCAGUAACCGGAGAAAUCACUGUGGAAUGUAAUGAGGGAUCAGUGACCAUGUUUUAUUGUGUCUUGGGCUACAUGGGCUUUCUGGCCAUUGUGAGCUUCACCAUAGCUUUCCUAGCCAGGCACUUACCUGACAGUUUCAAUGAAGCCAAAUUCAUCACCUUCAGCAUGUUGGUCUUUUGCAGUGUUUGGAUGUCCUUUGUUCCAACCUAUCUCAGCACCAAAGGGAAAUUCAUGGUGGCUGUGGAGAUCUUCUCCAUCCUGGCCUCCAGCACUGGAUUGCUGAGUUGUAUAUUUUUCCCCAAAUGCAUUAUCAUUCUAUGUAGGCCUGAUCUAAAUAAGAGGGAGUAUUUGAUAAAGCGAAACAAAUAA